AUGGAAGGACCCCUGAGGCCCAGACUAGCUAAUUCCAGUGACUUCCAGUUUGGAGCGGUUGCCACAGAGACCAUCGAAAAUGCGCUGCUUCACUUGGCCCAGCAGAAUGAGCAAGCUGUGAAGGAGGCUGCGGGACGGAUGGGCAGCUUCAGGGAGAGCCGGAUCGUGGAGUUUGUUUUUCUCCUGUCUGAACAAUGGUGUCUGGAGAAAUCUGUGAGCUACCAGGCUGUAGAAAUCCUAGAAAGGUUUAUGGUGAAGCAGGCAGAGAACAUCUGUCAGCAAGCCACAAUCCAGCCGAGAACUAAGACCGAAUUGCAGAACUGGAGGGCUCUGAAAGAGCAGCUUUUCAACAAGUUUAUCCUCCGCUUGGUGUCAUGUGUGCAGCUGGCCAGCAAACUGUCUUUCCACUACAAAAUAGUCAGCAACGUUACAGUCCUGAACUUCCUCCAGGCUCUUGGUUACAUGUGCACCAAAGAAGAACUACUGGAGUCAGAGCUUGAUGUCUUGAAGUCCCUGAACUUCCAGAUAAACCUGCCCACUCCUUUGGCAUAUGUGGAGAUGCUCCUUGAAGUUCUAGGGUACAAUGGCUGCUUGGUCCCAGCCACACAACUACAUGCAACUUGCCUGACCCUCCUUGACCUGGUCUAUCUUCUGCAUGAACCCAUCUAUGAGAGCCUAUUGAGGGCUUCAAUUGAGAAUUCUACGCCCAGUCAGCUGCAAGGGGAGAAGUUUGUCUCUGUGAAGGAAGACUUCAUGCUGCUGGCAGUUGGAAUCAUUGCAGCAAGUGCUUUCAUCCAGAACCACGAAUGCUGGAGCCAGGUUGUAGGGCAUUUGCAGAGCAUCACUGGCAUCGCUUUGGAAAGCAUUGCUGAGUUCUCUUAUGCAAUCCUGACUCACAGCGUGGGAACACACACUCCUGGGCAACAGCAGCCUGUUCCCCACAAGGCAGCCAGAGCUCUGAGGACUGCUGCUUCCUCUAACACAUGAGGCUGGCUAAACCCCAGACACAGCCUUCUGUCACUGUAUUCUCCUUCUCUUUGUUUACUUCCAUUCUCAGGGUACAAAAAUUCCAAGUUUCCUUUGGAUAGUAUUUUGUAUUCCAAUUUCAGGCACUUUUUCCCUACAUCAGAGACAGUUAUGGUGGACAAAUACAUCCUUGUAUGUUCAUAGCAGGCUAAAAACAUCAAAGAAUUGGAGAGAGUUAGAUUAUGAAAUUGGUUCAUUUUUGUUUGACAAGACAUUUAAGUUUUCCUAAUUUAAUCUGAUUAUCAGAGAACAUCAGAUAAGUACUACCCAGGGUUUUAAAACAGACUUUUGGAUGGCCUUGGCUGAGUAUCUCAGUAGCCUUUCUUCCCUUGUUCCCCUACAACUGUUUGUUCUUCCUUCCUUCUUUUUUUUUAAAGAUAGAAUCUCACUAUUUGGAUGU